AUGGAAUCGAAACCGAUAGAUUGCGAUAUAUUCAGGGACUACAAAUCUGUUACCGUCUGGUUCCAAAACAAACGUCAAUCGUCGAAGCGCAAGACGUGGACCAAAAGUACCCGUGCAGAGGCCUGCGUCGAGUCCGAAGAGAACAAGUCUCAUGGCGAUUUCGUCCACGAUACUGUCGCGAAGCCGCAAAUAUCACUGGACUGUAUCGCCUCGCUCUUUGAACGUCCAUCUCAUCCCACAAUUCACGACAAUACGUCCAAAUUUCAGCCGCCUCUUACCCCUCGAAAAACAAAUCACGGCAGUCGAGCCAUGUCCCCUGCCUCCGGGUCUCAGCUGUGGACGCACAUGCCUUCCUCACCACCCGAGCCAUUGUCCUCGCCAAGUGCGGAUAGGCUCAUGAAGUCCUUGGAGUGGGCUUGUGCCAAGGCGAGGGAAGGUCGGAGGCAAAACAAGGCAAAAGGAAAUCGCGCAACCCCGAGAAGUCUCGGGAAAGUGCCUUCAAUGUCCCUAGAGGCUGAGAUGAAGUCGACGAGAACGAAUCCUAAGGUCGCAUCGGAGGAAGAGGAGACGGAUACCGGAACGGAAUCAGAUGAAGCAAUCACUCCUAGCACGAGCAUGUCAUCCAUGCGGAGCAGCCUUUUCCUUGAGGAGAUCAAGCAUGAGACACGCAAAAAGACCGUAUAUUGUCCAAAUUGGAUUGAUGGGAGUCACGUCGCUGCAGUGUCACGGGGCGUUCCACUUGGUGGUUCGGAUGCAAGUCGCCUUUCUCCGCUUCAGGUUCUCUUUCCAACCACGACCCGCUCUACCUCGCGGAACUUCCCUCGUUCUUUUCUCAGUUUUUCUUCCAUCUCUAUUCCGACUACCAUGCGCCCUUCGACGCGUUCCACUCGUUCUGCACGCACUCUUUCUGAACACGCUAGCGCUAAGCAAUCACAGGUAACCGCCAGGCCAUCCAGCGUGCAGCUUCUUCUCCCCCAAGCUCAAAGGAUAGCUCUGGAAAGUCAUAACGUUGGUCUCGAUAAUACUAUCUCCAUUUCUGCAGCAGGCAAACUAGGCGAACAUAUUUCGGAGAGGAAGCCACGCCAUCGAAUGAACGACAGACAACUUGAGCAGCUUGAGACCCUCUACCAGCGAACAACCCAUCCUACCAAAGCGGAGAAAAGCUCUCUCGCUCGGGAAUUUGAUGUGGAUAUCAGGACCAUCACAGUGUGGUUCCAGAACAAGCGGCAAACGAUGAAAAGGCAACGUGACUCUAGUGUUGCUCGAAAUGACUCUUCUGCUCAGACGAAUACUCCUGAUCUUGACGAUGUUGCUUGUUCGGACUUGCCAGUUACCGCGAGUUCGCCUCAGACGCCCCUCCUGAGCUCCAAUGCCGCCCGUUCUCAGCUAUCUGGACCAGGCUUUCCAGGCUAUUCGUGGAUGGUAAACUAUUCAUAUCAAGGUGAUAAUGGCCUCGGAAUGGGCACAGGUGGUAGUAUGGCGCCUACGCCUACCUUCUCCGACCUGGAAUUCUCACCCCCAGAUGCCCGUGGCCUCCAACCAUUUCAUGUUGCUGCACAGCUUCAACCCGAUGGACCUAUUCAAUCAGAACCUACCCUAGAGUACCCACCCAUAGCUCGUUCACACCGCCACGCGCUCACUCUUGUCCACCACGAAACGAAUGUGCCCAGAACCCCAACCGAUGCGGAACCCAUCCCUCUCGUUCAUCCGAAUCCACGCUCUCGCAUUCAUACUCGCUCUUCCAGUCGGAAGGAGAAUGUCCCGCCUCAAGACUCAGAGAAAUGCAUUGUCUUGUCUCCCCUCUCUUCUCUUUACCGUGGUCGUCCGAUUGUACAGCACGCAAAUAAUGACGUGGGGAGACUUCGUCCUCGUGGGCGCGGGCUCGGUGUCUCGACCGACCUGGGACUCGGAAACAUACGCGAAAUCGAUUCAAGUUCGGAGAAACGUGUUCGGAACCUGGAAUGGGCUUGCGAUCGUGAGGGUGCGCGCGCAGCAAAGCGUCGGCGGAAUCGCGAGAGGUACGUGGCGGAUACUAACGCUGGUUCUUUCGAGGAAGUGGUGCCGUUUUCUGGCCUUGGUCUUGGAAUAUCUGGCGCUCUGGACAGCGACUCGGCGCUCUCUGACCGCGUGCAAUCUUCGAGCAACAGCCCUGCGGUUUCUACCUCUCAAGAGAUUGCAUCCUCAUCUGCCAUCGACGCUCUGCAUGAUCUUCCUGGGGACUACUACGCUGCGUUCUCUGCCGACGUCAUCGAGGGUGCCAUUACACUUUUAUCUUUGAAGCAGUCUGCUGUCUAG